CAGAGAGAAAGAGAGAGAGAGAGAGAGAAAGAGAGAGAGAAAGAGAGAGAGAGAGAGAGAGGGAGAGACUGGAAGCAACAGCUAGAUGGCAGUCAGCACUCUCAAUAUGGCACCCUACUUCACUGGAUACCCUUUCCAAGGACAGGGUCGCGUGAACCAGCUGGGCGGUGUGUUCAUCAACGGCCGUCCGUUACCGAACCAUAUCCGAUUGAAGAUCGUCGAAAUGGCAGCGGCCGGUAUCAGGCCGUGCGUCAUCUCCAGACAACUGAGAGUCUCUCACGGCUGCGUCUCGAAGAUCUUGAAUCGGUAUCAGGAAACGGGAUCGAUCAGACCCGGUGUGAUCGGUGGUAGCAAACCGCGAGUCGCGACGCCGGAGGUCGAGGCGAGGAUCGAGGAUCUCAAGCGGCAAAACCCGGGAAUCUUUAGCUGGGAGAUACGCGACAAAUUAAUCAAGCAGGACGGAGUUUGCGACAAAGCUUCGGCACCGUCGGUGUCGAGCAUCUCCAGACUCCUACGCGGACCGACCAAUCAGACUCGUCCUGACGACCCGCGCCGGAACCACUCCAUCGAUGGGAUCCUCGCUGGAAGUAGCGGCGAUGACUCCGACACGGAAAGCGAGCCAGGUAUCGCGCUCAAAAGGAAACAACGAAGGAGUAGGACUACCUUUACCGGCGAGCAACUGGAGCAACUGGAAGCGGCUUUUCAUCGCACGCAAUAUCCCGAUGUAUACACGAGGGAGGAACUCGCGCAAAAAACGAAAUUGACGGAAGCACGAGUGCAGGUCUGGUUCAGCAACAGGCGCGCCAGGCUUCGUAAACAGCUCAACAGUCAACAGCUGAACGCCUUCAACACUAUGAGUCUACAGUCUUUCCAGACCCAGCACUAUGGCAGCGGUGCUGAGAGCUAUCAGAGCUACGGACAGGCGAGCGUUGCUGCCGCCGCAGCAACCACUGCCGGUUAUUCCCAACAUUACAACUAUGGGGAGAACUAUUAUGCGGCGCAGCAACAAUGGCCACGGGCGACUCCGGAAAAUUAUGGAUUGUUCAACGCCUCCCAUUACGGCAGCGGCAACCUUGCCUCCAACCUGACUUCCAGCAAUCUCAAUCUGGGCAGUCUGGGUGGCAGCGUAAGCCCGACCGCGUCUAACAUGAGCGCCUGCAUGGUGCAAAGCGCAUCCUCUUCCGGGGUGCCAGCCCCGACGGGAAUGACGCACCACGUGACACCUCACAGCCCCAGCGAGGCUAAGAGCGGAUAUCCGUACUUGGGUGGCAUUGAUUCCCAGGUUUGCGGAAGAGUCCACUGAAGUGCUAAGUAAUACUAAGUAAUCGUAAGAAUGACUCGUCAUGGAAUCGGUCGCAUGUGCGAUUACGCAAUACAACUGCGAGAUGAAGGAGAGAGCCGGCUUGAAUAUAAUAGCCGCUCGUUAUUGUUAUCUGUUUUCAUUCUUUUUCUUUCCAAUUCAAAGCUGAGUGUAAAAGUGUUCGCGCGUACGGCCCGGGAAAAUGAUUUGUAUCCAUGUAAAAAUGUGUAAUAUUUUCCUAGUUUUUGUUGUUACGUUGUUACGUUGUUACUGUCGCGUUUUUUCCUUUCUCCUUUGUUCAGAGAACGAAAUGACACGGGUGUUAAUUAACACUCACGAAGAGACGACCGGGUCUACUUCUUCAUUCAAUUUUCGACGUCUGAGUGUUAAUCGCGUUUCUCCGAACAAAAAUCGCAAACCGUUAUGACGAUCGUGGAUUCGCGAGGUUAUCGUUGCGCAUCGACCAGAUCUUCGAGAAGAAAACUGAGAAAUCUUCUUUUUUGCAAAUUAUCUAUCUUGUUAAAUAUGUGGUAUUUUAUAUGUAAUAUUAUAUCGAGAAAAUGUGUAAAUUGCAAAGCGGAAUUACGUUUGAAUUUUUGAUGAGAUUUUCUUAUUUAUAGGCAUGCACUUGCUGCGCGUGGCGAUCGAUGCGCAACAAGUAAACUGAAAGUGUAAAUAUAUCGAGUGUAACUCUCUCCUUGAUAGUAUUUCCUCAGUGAUGCUAUUGCAUAUUUAUGUUAGAUUAAAAUUCACGUUAAAUCGUACGCAUAAAUAUAAGCCACGCACCGAAUUCUAAGGAGAAUCGUAUAAUUAAGACAAGAUUCGUUCGUUAGUAUAAUUAGCAAUUACGUAUAAUCGUAACAAUAGUGCCUCGAUGUUUUAGUAUUCUAGAAAAUUGCUUUAUUAUAAUGGCUAUACGAUGUAAGUGUAACUAUCUGUGAAUAUAAACGGAAUAUAUUUUAUUAUAGUUCUAAAGUUGUACACAUCUACACGUGAAUAAUGCGAGAGAAUCGUAAAAAAAAAUGAUUAAAAAAAAAUAUUCCUAUCAUAAUUGAUGUUGCGAUCCAACGGAUUAUUUAAUUGGCCAGUUACUUAAGAUUAUUGUAUAUAACGACGACAGCCCGCAUAACACACCUAACGAUUAUAUCCGA